AUGGCGCUCCGACGACCACAUCGGAAAUCUCGUCACGGCUGUGUGGAAUGCAAGAGACGACGAGUCAAGUGCGAUGAGACCCGGCCCUCAUGUACCAACUGCGCCAAGCGCCACGCAGACUGUGAAUAUGAGUCGGCCACCUCUCUCCUCUGGGCGAAUGAAGAGGCCGCCCGCUCGCGCGCCUCGGGCUCAGAGAGCGGCCAGCAGGAUCUCGGGACAUCCCCCACUUCAAUGCCAGGAACCGACUCGCUCGGCCUCCUCAGCCAUCUCGCAAGUGCAUCGUCACUGCCCAGCCCAGCGCUGAACAUCUCCGACCUCGAGCUGAUGAUGCAGUGGUGCAACGCGACCUACCACACGCUCUCGCGCAACGAGCGCACCGAUCCCGUCUGGCGCACUAACGUCCCAGAAGAGGCUCUCUCCCACCCAUUUCUCAUGCACGGCGUUCUCGCCGUGUCGGCUCUCCACCUCGCCCGGACAGGUCCAGACCCAUCCAACCGAGCCUCGUAUCUCAACCGCGCAGUCGCUCAUCAGAAUCAGGCACUGGCGCUGUUCCGCGAGCUCCUCGGCGAUGUCAACGAGAACAACGCGAAAGCCAUGUUCGCCUUCGCGGGAAUCGUCGUUAUCUACACGUUCGGGUUCCCGCAUACCCCAGACGCGCAGGAUGCAUGGGCCUGCGUGGACGAUCUAUACCAGGUUCUGGUCCUGACCCGAGGCGUGCAGCAGGUGAUCUAUGCGCCGCGCAACUACCGCGAUUUCCUGCGAGAGAGCAACUUCGGCCCCAUUCUGCAGGUGGAUGAAGUCCGCGGCGUGAUACCCGAUGAAGCGAAAACCGCUUUGCAGCGGCUCUACGAUGCGAAUGAGGCCUAUGCCAGUGCUGAUCGGCAGGUUUACCGGCUGACCAUUGAGAAUCUGGAGGAGAUGCUGAGCUGGGUUUAUGGCGGGAUGAGGGCCAGCACUAUCGCCGGGCGCUGGGCGAUCCGCCUGCCGGGUCGGUUUAUGGAAUGUCUACGCGAGCGAGAUCCCUUGGCGCUCGUCAUGUUGGCGCAUUACGGCGUGCUUUUGACUUUUUUGGAGCAUCGUUGGUGUUUUGACGAGUGGUGUGUGAGGAUUGCCCGGGCUGUGUGGGCGAUCUUGGAUCCUCAGUGGAGACCUUUGGUUCUUUGGGCGAUGAAGGAGAUUCUUGGAGUUGAUUAUCUCGAGCGGCUUUGA